AUGGUUGCGUACGGGGGAGAUGCGCGUUGGAGCAUCAGGAGUUGGGGCGACCGCGAGUUUGGACUGUCAUUCGCGACGCAUGCGAUGAGGCAUGCGACGACGCACGCGACGAGGCAUGCGACGGUGCAUGCGACGUGGCAUGGCAGGCGACGAGGUCGUGCCGCCAUUGUAGCCUGGAAACAACCAUCACCCCCUCACUCCCCCUCUUCCUCCUCCUCCUCCUCUCCCUCACACGCUCCUUCCCCCCCUUCCGCUCCACCCCCCGGCCAAACCCCCUCUCCGCCUCCAACUACCGCAGCGCCACCCGCACCUCCGCCCCUGCGCGCAAUGUACCCCGCGUGCGCGCACCACGCGGAGGGGUACAUCAAAGUGUCCGCCAUUCACUCUCUCUACUACCGCAUCUAUGGCAACCCAGCCGGCAAACCCGCCCUCUUCCUGCACGGGGGCCCAGGGGCGGGGUGUUGGCCCAACCAUGCGCGCUUCUUCGACCCGGCAGUGUACCGCAUUGUGCUGUGUGACCAGCGCGGGGCAGGCAGGUCCACACCUGCGGGGUGCGUGGUGGCGAAUCGUACAGAGCUGCUGGUGGGGGACAUAGAGGCGCUCAGGGAGCACCUCAAGGUGGACAGGUGGGCGGUGGUGAUGGGCGGCAGCUGGGGCACCACACUAGCGCUGGCAUACGCGCAGGCGCACCCGGGGAGGGUGGCAGGCAUGGUGCUGCGAGGGGUGUGCCUGCUGCGGCGCCGAGAGAUCGACUGGUUCUACCGCCCGGGCGGCGCAGAGGCGCUGUUUCCAUUCGCGUGGAGGGACCUCAUGGCCGCACUGCCCUCCCCCGCUCCCACACACGCGCAUGGAGAUGGGGAUGAGAAUGGGAGUGGAGAGGUGGCGAAAGAGGAGGCAUCACCUGAUGGGAAGGAGAGGAGGGAGGAUACGAGCAGCACAGGAGGGAAGGACUUAAUGGGUGGGCCGCACAUAUCAGGAGCAGUGGCGCAGGCACGCAUUGAGUGCCACUACUUUCAUCAUGAUGGCUUCUUGGCCGACAACCAGCUGCUGCGCAACAUCGAUGCCAUCAGGCACAUCCCCACGGUCAUUGUGCAUGGCCGAUACGACUUCGUCUGCCCCCUCGUUAACGCUAUUGACCUUCAUCAUGCGUGGCCAGAAGCCCAGCUUCGAGUUGUCCCCAAUGCAGGUCAUUCCAUGUACGAGCCAGGAAUCACACAUGAGCUUAUUGUAGCCUCAGACCACUUCAGGGACGCCUAA